AUGAAAAAUCAAGAUUUCUAUUGUAAGAAUUGUGAAUAUCAGCAGCACCAGUGCUAUGCUUGUGGGGAGUUGGGUUCAUCUGAUCAAUCAUCUCAUGCGGAGGUUUUCCGUUGCGUUAAUGCGACUUGCGGCCAUUUUUACCACCCGGAUUGUGUUGCCAGACUGCUUCAUCCUGAUGCUCAGUCGAAGGCUGAUGAACUUAAAAAGAAAAUUGCUGCUGGUGAAUCUUUUGCUUGUCCUCUGCAUCACUGCUGCGUCUGUAAGCAAAGGGAAGAUAAAGAUAAUCAUGAGCUACAGUUUGCCAUGUGUAGACGGGAAAUUAUUUUUGACAAGAGCAAGGAUGAAGGAGAAAAUGAAGAGGAGGAGGAGGAAGACGAGGAAGAUAUGCCAAGGGCAUGGGAUGGUCUUAUAAAAAAUCGAAUUUUGAUCUAUUGUUUAAAACACGAGAUUGAUGAAGAACUUGGCACACCUUCAAGAGAUCACAUCAAAUUUCCGGGAGAUCGUAGGAAGGAGAAACAAACAUCGGAACAAUUGAGAAAAUUUAAAGGAACGUCUGCAGAAAUGACUAAUGGCAAGAGAGUGAUUGCAAAAAAAUCAGAAUCUGCUGAAAAAUUGUCCAAGGCA